UGAUAUAUACAAACAAACAUCAAAGGGUGAAAAUGGUGACCCUGGCCCUAUUGGACCUAUAUAGGACCGAGGGGUGUACCUGGGUCACCUGGCCCUCCUGGUGCACCAGGACCUUUAAGUAAUAACUUCAUGAUGGACACUUUCAAGGAUUUGGAGGGUUCUGGUGAAAGCAGAUUGUUUCUUGGAGACGGAAUUUCAAAAGGUUAUCAAGGGCCUCCUGGUCUGCCUGGCCCACCAGGACCUCAGGGACUUCCUGGUGCUGAUGGAGCCCCUGGUUUGUCUAUAAAGGGUGAACCAGGAUCCCCAGGAAAGGAUGGAAUACUAGGCUCAGCUGGUUUACCUGGUGCCAGGGGGCCAAUGGGGUACAAGGGCAGUCCAGGAGAGAAGGGUGCAAGGUUGUGAUGGUCUGAGCAUCAUAGGGCUUCCCGGUCC